UCUAUAAGCAGGAAAAAGAAAGAAAGAAAAAGAAAAAAAGAAAAGAAAAAGCAACUGAGAAGGGUUAUAAAAAGAGCAAAUACCAAGAAGGGUGAACAAGAGAAGAAAGUCAAGGCAAGGAGGAGCCCAAAGCUGGCAGAUCGGGAGGAUUUGCAGGGGAGAAGGGGGGGGAAGAUUGGAAAUGCAGCUCUGGAGUUUGCUGCUGCCUCUUGCGCUUCUCUGUACAGCCCUAGCCAGUGGACCCGAAUGUGGGAUGGACGAGCGCUCCCGCAGGGCACGAAGGGACACCAGGCACAGCCGCCAGCUCCUCCACACUGCCCCGGGCACCUGUGCCACCAGGUUAGCCCGAGGAAGGCGCUCCACUGCUGGGCUGGAGCCUGGGCAUGUCCCCCGCAGGAGGCAACAGCGGGAGGUAAAGGACGAAGAGGAGUCCCUUACCCCGAGCAGGGCGCUCUAUUUCAGUGGCCAAGGUGAUCAGCUGCGGCUCAAGGCAGACGUAGAGCUGCCCCGAGAUGCCUUCACUUUGCAAGUGUGGCUGAAAGCCGAAGGCGGACAGAGAUCUCCGGCUGUCAUUGCAGGACUGUAUGACAAAUGUUCUUACACCUCCCGUGACCGAGGCUGGGUCCUGGGGAUUAACACCGUCAGUGACCAGGGGAACAGAGACCCCCGCUAUUUCUUCUCGCUGAAGACAGACCGUGCUCGCAAAGUCACCACCAUUGCAGCACAUCGCAGCUACCUCCCCAACCAGUGGGUGCACCUGGCUGCCACCUACGACGGGCGCCUGAUGAGACUCUAUGUGAACGGCGCCCAGGUGGCCACAAGCGGAGAGCAAGUGGGCAGCAUCUUCAGUCUGCUGACCUUGAAGUGCAAGGUGCUCAUGCUGGGAGGAAAUGCCCUGAACCAGAACUAUCGGGGUUACGUGGAGCACUUCAGCCUCUGGAGGACAGCCCGGUCUCAAAAGGAGAUCUUGUUGGACAUGGAGCAGGCGAGUCACAGGCAAGACACGUCCCUACCUCAGCUCGUUCUUCAAGACAGUUUACUGAAUGUGAAAAGCACCUGGUCUCCCAUGAAGGAUGGCAGCAGCCCUCAGACCAAGUCCAGCUACCACCACGGCUAUUUGCUGGACACCAGCCUGGACCCUCCUCUCUGCGGACAGACGGUGUGUGACAACACGGACGUCAUCGCCAGCUACAACAAACUGCCCCGCUUCCGCCGCAACAAAACCGUGCGCUACCGUGUGGUGAAUCUGUACGACGACAAACAUCAGAACCCCACCGUCAGCCAGCAGCAGAUCGAGUUCCAGCAUCAGCACCUCAACGAGGCCUUCAGCCGCUACAACAUCACCUGGGAGCUGGAGGUGCUGGAGGUGAGGAACUCUUCCCUUCGCCACCGGCUCAUCCUGGCCAACUGCGACAUCAGCAAGAUUGGGGAUGAGAACUGUGACCCCGAGUGCAACCACACGCUGACGGGGUACGACGGCGGGGACUGCCGCCACGUCCGCCACACGCUCUUCAACAAGAAGAAGCAGAACGGGGUGUGUGACAUGGAUUGUAAUUACGAGAGGUACAACUUCGAUGGGGGGGAGUGCUGCAACCCAGAGAUAACAGAAGUCACCAAGACCUGCUUUGACCCAUAUUCUCCUUACAGGGCAUACUUGGAUGUCAAUGAACUUAAGAACAUACUUAAACUGGAUGGAUCCACACACCUCAACAUCUUUUUUGCCAAUUCCUCUGAGGAAGAGCUGGCUGGAGUGGCAACUUGGCCCUGGGACAAAGAAGCCUUGAUGCAUCUAGGUGGCAUCGUGCUGAAUCCCUCCUUCUACGGAAUCCCUGGCCACACACACACCAUGAUCCACGAAAUUGGGCACAGCCUGGGGCUCUACCACGUCUUCCGAGGCAUCUCCGAGAUCCUGUCCUGCAGUGACCCGUGCAUGGAAACAGAGCCCUCCUUCGAGACUGGGGACCUGUGCAGUGACACCAACCCUGCUCCUAAGCACAAGCUGUGUGGGGACCCUGGGCCUGGCAAUGACACCUGUGGUUUCCACAGUUUCCUGAACACCCCCUUCAGUAACUUCAUGAGUUAUGCAGACGAUGACUGCACCGACUCCUUCACGCCCAACCAGGUGGCCAGGAUGCACUGCUACCUGGACCUCGUCUACCAGAGCUGGCAGCCCACCAAGAAACCGGCUCCUGUCGCAAUUGCCCCGCAGAUUGUGGCUCGCACCUCCGCCUCUGUCACCCUGGAGUGGUUUCCACCCAUCGAUGGCCACUUCUUUGAAAGAGAAGUGGGAUCAGCAUGUGAUCUGUGUGCAGAAGGAAGAGUCCUGGUGCAAUAUGCCUUCAGUGCCUCUUCUCCCAUGCCCUGCGACCCCUCGGGGCACUGGAGCCCACGGGAGGCAGAAGGUCACCCUGACGUUGAGCAGCCCUGCAAAUCCAGUGUCAGGACGUGGAGUCCCAAUUCAGCCGUAAACCAGCACACGGUUCCCCCAGCCUGCCCUGAGCCCCAGGGCUGCUACCUGCAGCUGGAAUUUCGCUAUCCCCUGACUCCAGAGUCCCUCACAGUCUGGGUGACGUUUGUUUCCCCGGACUGGGACUCCAGUGGAGCAGUGAAUGACAUCAAGCUGCUCACCGUCAGCGGGAAGAACAUUUCGCUCGGGCCGCAGAACGUCUUCUGCGACAUCCCCCUGACCAUAAAGCUGGACGUGGGACAAGUGGGAGAGGAGGUGUAUGGGAUCCAGAUCUACACCUUGGAUGAGCACCUGGAAAUCGAUGCUGCCAUGCUGAGCUCUGUCCCCCACAGCACCCUGUGCUCAGGCUGCAAACCCAUCCAGUACAAAGUGGUCCGGGACCCCCCUUUCCCGUCGGGAUCUCCAGUGGUCAUCUCAAACCUCAGCAGGAGAUUUGUUGACACGGAGCUGAGCGACAGGACCACGUACAGAUACCAGGUGGUCAUUGUGUCCGGGAUGGAGGAGAGCGAGCCGUCCCCCACCCUCGUUUAUAUCUCUGGCAGUGGAUACUGUGGAGAUGGGAUUAUCCAAAUAGAACUGGGGGAAGAGUGUGAUGACAUGAACAAGAUAAACGGUGAUGGCUGUUCCCUGUUCUGCCUGCAGGAGCUGUCCUUUAACUGCAUCGAUGAACCCAGCAGGUGCUAUUUCCACGAUGGAGAUGGAGUCUGUGAGGAAUUUGAGCAAAUGACCAGCAUCAAAGACUGCGGCGUUUACACUCCCAAAGGCUUCCUGGAUCAGUGGGCUUCCAACGUCUCUGUCUCACACCACAGUGACCAGCAGUGCCCAGGGUGGGUGGUCAUUGGUCAGCCAGCAGCAACCCAGAUGUGUCGAACCAAGGUGAUCGACUUGAAUGAUGGUGUCUCCCAGUACGCCUGGUAUCCCUGCACAGCCAACUUCCAGUACUCCCACAUGACACAGACCACUUUCUGGCUGAAGGCUUAUUUUUCCCAGCCUAUGGUGGCUGCAGCAGUCCUUGUUCACUUGGUCACUGAUGGGACCUACUACCUGGACCAGAAGCAGGAGACCAUCGGUGUGCAGCUGUUUGACACCAAAGAGCAAAGCCACGAUCUUGGUGUCCACGUCCUGAGCUGCAGGAACAAUCCCCUGAUUAUCCCCGUCAUCCAUGACCUCAGUCACCCUUUUUAUCACACCCAGGCUGUCCUCAUUAGCUUCAGCUCCCAGUUUGUGGCCAUCUCCGGGGUGGCCCUGCGUUCCUUCCACAACUUCGACCCCAUCACCAUCAGCAGCUGCCAGCAAGGACAGACCUACAGCCCUGCGGAGCAGAGCUGUGUCCACUACUCCUGUGAAGCCACCGAGUGCCAGAGGCUGGAGAUGGAGAACGCGGUGCUGAACUGCACCGGCGGCACCGGCCGCGACAACGGCGCCCAGUGCAACGUCAGCUGCAGGACUGGCUACAUCCUGCAGAUCCACAGGGAUGAUGAGCUCGUCAAGAGCCAGACGGAGUCCAGCGUCACCAUGACCUGCAUGGAUGGGAAGUGGAACAAGCAGGUGACGUGUGAGCCCGUGGACUGUGGUGUCCCAGACCAGUACCACGUGUACCCAGCCACCUUCAACUGCAGCGAGGGGACCACCUUUGGCAAGAAAUGCUCCUUCACUUGCCGACCUCCUGCUCUGCUGAAAGGAAACAACAGCAACUUGACCUGCAUGGAGGACGGGCUGUGGUCCUUUCCUGAAGCCCUGUGUGAGCUGAUGUGUCGAGCACCCUCCAUCGUCCCCAACGCGGAUCUCCAGACCUCUCGCUGCCGAGAAGACAAGCACAAAGUGGGCUCGUUCUGCAAGUACAAAUGCAAACCAGGUUACCACGUCCCUGGAUCCUCCAGGAAAUCAAGAAAGCGAGCCUUUAAGAUCCAGUGCACUCAGGAUGGCACGUGGCUGCCAGGGGCCUGUGUGCCUGUCACCUGUGACCCUCCACCUUCCAAGUUCCACGGGCUCUACCAGUGCUCCAACGGCUUCCAGUUCAACAGCGAGUGCCGAAUCAAGUGUGAGGAUGAUGACAGCCAGUCGGGCCGUGGGAGCAACGUGAUCCACUGCCGGAAGGACGGCACCUGGAGCGGGUCCUUCCACCUGUGCAGGGAGAUGCAGGGACAGUGUGCUCUGCCCACCCAGCUCAACAGCCACCUGAAGCUGCAGUGCGCCGGCGGCUACGGCAUAGGCACGGAGUGUACCACCUCCUGUCUGGAUCACAGUCACGAGCCCAUCCUCCUGCGCGUGAACGAGACCGUGCAAGACAUCCAGCACUGGAUGAACCCUCAGAGAGUGAAGAGUGUUGUCUGCACUGCAGGACUCAAGUGGUACCCUCACCCUUCCCUGAUUCAUUGUGUUAAAGGCUGUGAGCCUUUCAUGGGGGACAACUACUGUGACUCCAUCAACAACAGAGCCUUCUGCAACUAUGAUGGUGGGGACUGCUGCGCCUCAACAGUCAAGACCAAAAAGGUGACACCAUUUCCUAUGUCCUGUGACCUACAAGGAGAGUGUGCUUGCCGGGACCCCAACGCCCAAGAGCACAACCAGAAAGAUCUCCGUGGCUUCAGUCUUGGGUAAAGCCAAGUGACAUGGAAAGGAGGACCACACUGCUCAAGGCAGGCUAGGAGAGACACCACAUCCCUUUUGGUAUCGUUUUUAACAUUUAGCUGCUCAACUGGAUGGCAUUUCUGCACCAGGGACCCUUAGAAUUCAACCAGUCUGCCUUUAAUUUUUGUCCAAGGAGAACUCAAAGUAGGGGUUUAUGUAUUAAUUAUAUCUAAAAUAGUGACAAUGAGGAAAAAAAGAAAACAAGAGUCAAGUCAAGACGACUUUCAUGUAUCAAAACAGCAUGUUAUGCCCACCUAAUUUGAACAGUUCAUAUCUAGAUUCAAGGCGAGAAACAAACUAUUUAUGUACACAUAUUUAUAGAAAUAAGUAGAGAAAGAGAGAGAGAGAAAGAGUGAGAUUAUGAUCAACACAAAAACACUUUCCCCUCCCCAGCACUCACAACUCAGAUCAUUCAUGGAAGAGGCUGAGCUCUUGGAGGACUCCAAGCUGAGCCUUUUCUGAUGCUGAAUGCCGAGGUAUCGCAUGCUCGGGGCACUGUGGUUGGGGUGGGAUCUCCACGGGGCUGGGUCUCUUGGCAAGUGAUUUGCCAGGCAGCCAGCCAGCUUGAGAGGUGGGAUGCAUCUGCUCCUCACAGGAAUGCUACUUCCAGCCAGGCAGCUCAGCAGACUGCAGUGGCCUUUCUGUACAGCUCCUCCUUCUCCCCCUGCCCUCAAAGAGCCAACAAAAAGCCCCCUUGUAGCCUGCAGGGCUUCUGGGAUGUUUCUGUGUGGAGCAGGGCAGGUGGUCCCGUGGUGGAGUGAGGGAGUGGGGAGUCUAAGGGAACAUUGGGGAACAUGGAUGAUUGCUUCUGAGGAGCACAGAGAGGGGAGCUCACACCCGCACUUGUCAUUGAGCAUGUCUGCUGCUGCUACUCCUGCUGCUAUGUCCCAUACAAAUAGUUUCCUUACUGUGUCAGGACAGGGUGAAAAACAACCCCAUGCAAACCAAACAGUCUGCCUUAAAGCUUACCUACAACCUGCCUUUCAAACCCUCUGGUCUCCUCCUCAGCACUGGGGCAAGAAAACAGGACACCAGCCAGCCUAAGGAAUCUGCUUUCUGGUCUCCACCCUGCCAAGUGGCUCUCCAGGCCUCCUCCACCCCACUCUUAUGGUGAUCUGAUUCUGACAACUGCUUCAUGCUCCUGUUUUCUGGGAGAGGGGAAGAGGAGGAGGAGACACCUGCCAUUAGGAAAGGCCCGUAGGAGACAGUAUUAGAAUUUUGGCCAUAUUUAUCAGUAUUAAGCUGCCAGGCCAGUGGGUCACACACUUGGGAUAGACCAGGAGCCUAGCUGUCUGUAAUCUUCCAGAAAGAAGGGCAUUAGCUGCAGCAGACCUCACACUUCCCUCUCAUCCUCCUGCUUCAGUCCAGAGGGGAACAUGUGCCAGACCCUUGGUGAUUCCCUUCCUCACAGGAUUCAUUACAUUGAGUCACCGAGAUACCCAGGGCAUCCAAUGCUGGUGCUGCUGCUAAAAACCAUCCCAGGGAAAUCCCAGAGAUCUUUCCAGUGUGGCUUGGGCAUGUGUCUGCUGCUCCAAGUUCCUGCCAGGAAGAAUACACAUCCAAAAGAGCAUCCUUCCCAGUGUUAAGUUUGUUUGUUCCUUGGGACAGUCAUGACUUGCACAAUCUACUGGGCAAAGAGGAAAGGAUUUCUUUCUAACUCCUGCUUUAGGCAUUGGAGCAAGGCAGAAGGGUAAGGGGAGGGGUCAUUUAGCUCAUAGAGAUGGAUGUAAAAAUGAUUUGGAGAACUAGAAAUGGAAAAAAUAUAGAAUAAUAGGUGCAGGGAGCCAGGUUCUUGUUACCCACUGUUGGUGUUGUUUCUGUUGGAACGGACCAGAGAAGAAUCUCAAGAAGUUAAGUAGAGGCCUGGAGAGGUGAUGGUCAUUAGAAGGUGAGGAGCUCUCUGUUGUGAAGCUCCAGCUAUUCCUAGAGAAGUCCUGGCCAUAGGAGCUGUGUGGAUGGCUCUGCCCUCUCUGUGCAGGGGUGUCCUGGAAAGGGAGGUGCAGUGGGAUCAGGGUCCCUGCCAUGGAAUUAGACUGAACAUCCCCCAGCUAUGCAGUGGCAUAAGCUUCAACUUCUGCCCCUCUCCUUCUGUACAAAGGUUGGUGUUUCCUUCUGGUCCCUUUGCCCUCCCCUGUUUUGUUGGCAGAUUGUUCGUGUGCCACCCAGCCUAUCAGAAGAGCUCACAACCUCAAAAGCCUUUCAGACUGACAACACUUCACGUCCUCAAUGCCUGAGGUGUCUUGGUAUGAUUUCCCCUCUCCACCCACCUGGGUUUCAUCCCAGCAGGGAGCCUCAGUUCAGCAUCCUGAAAAUGCCCUUCCCAGUGCAGAGCUCAGCACAGAGAUUUCCCAUCUGCUUUUCCCACUUGGACAGUGCUCAGGAGAGACAGGUCUGUACAUAUUAUUGCCACUUGCUGCUGUGGGCCCCUCUGGCCAGCCCCUGCUUGCUGAGCUGGACACCUCAGCUCAAGGGAGACAGUGGCUUCUCACCAGCACAGCCUCACUCCUCAGCUUCCCUCCUGCAGUCCUGGUAUGCCCCAACUCCCUUUCCCACUGACAGGUUUUCCAUGCUGCUAUUUGAUUAAUUUUAUUUUUUUUUUACUACUAUGUUGGCACUGUCCCUCUACUCCAGUGUAGGGCUGAUGGGUUUAGGAGUGGAAAAAACUUCUGUUCUGAGUCAUAUUAAAUCCAAUGGUUUGGUGUUUUCUUCCAUUGGGAUAAAUCCCCUCUGCAUUUUCAGGUGCUGUACCAAGCACCCAGAGGGAUGCUGAGAGGGGAGCUGUGGGGAAUGGACACCUGCUCAGGUCUUGUCCCCUGUGCUCCCAACCUCGGGCAAGGCCAGCUGGAUCCUCCCAUCAUCUACCACUGUAUGGAACUCAAAUUCCCAGUGGAGUCCUAGGAAAGAUCUCCCUGACUGUGGUGGCCAGGGGGUGAAAGGUGAGAGGGACAUCAGCCACCACCUCCACCCACUGAGCCAGCAGCACAGGACAACAUCAAACCAGAAGUUUGGGGGAAGAGAAGAGGGUGCUCAUGCUGGUGAAAUUUAGCUGCUCAUAAAGCCCAGUUCACAUUAGUGCCAAGAUCUUCUCUGUCACAGAUAGUGAGCCAGGGCUGCACCUUAUGUGGGGCCAGCAGGCUGUGGGGGAUGUCCAUGGCCAGCAGGAGGGAAAGCUGGAGCAGAAAGCAGCAAAUGGUGCACGGUGGGGUGGGAAACUCCAAUCAGCUGCUACCCCUCUCCCUCCCCACCCUCUGGCAGACAGGCUGAGCUGGUGUCCUCCUGCUUUUCUUGCAUCUUCCGCUGUCCCCUCCAGGCUGAGAAAGGAGGGAUGGCACCAGAGGAUUCUUGGAAUCGGGUUCCAGCUACCUCCCUUCCAGUUUCAGUUUCACUUGGUUGUAACUGUCGGUUUGUUCUAGGUUUUACCUGUGUCUAAUUAAAAAAAAAAAAGGGAAAAAAAAAAGAGAGAGAAAAAAGAAAGCCCCAUAGCCAAUGAAAGUUUCUUGCUGCAAGAGAUUCAAGUGGGGAAAAAAAAUAACAUGUGAGGCUUUACAGAGAGGAAUAGAGACAAAAAAAUAAAACAACAAAAACCCAUAAAAAGCGGAGAAAAGAUAAAGAAAACCCACAUAAUCCAAAUCCAAGAAGAGCAAAGCCUAUUUUUGUGUGUUUGAAAGGAAAACACUGAUUCUGCCAAUUGAGUAGAGAGCUAGAUACUAAGUGUAGAUUUCCCUAGAAGUACCGUGAGGUUUUAUAACAUUGUCUGGUUUUGUUUUCCUCGUGUGUUGUGAUAAGUCCAGGAACUAAGGCUAAGGGGUUAUCCCCUUUUAUAUUGUUGUUUGUGGGGGGAGGGAGGGAGUGGAGUUUUUGUUUCGUUUUGUUUUUUCCAGAUUAUUUUUUUAAGUGUGUAUUUGUGCUUAUUUUUACGUUAUCCAACUGUACAUACUCAUUUAACCAGUAUUUCACUGUGCUCUAAUUACUGCACUCAGAAGCACUGCACAGUCUGAAUCCCGAGAGCUGCGAGAGACUGGGAGUGAAGGGGGAAGGAGAAAGCUGCUACCUGAGCAGACAGGUGAUUCCCAUUUUGGGGAAGCGGGGUGCUGACCACCCCCUUCCCACACUCCAGCCCGUUGUGCCCAAUUUGAGGCCGAGCUAGAAGACAGGAGGGGAUGAGGUGAUGUCAACCAAGGCUAGGAUGCUCAAAGGGGUUUCAGAGCUGGAAGUUUGGUCUUAGAAUGAUUUUGGAUGCCAUGGAAAUUCCCAGCCUUUUGGCAGCAUCUUGCCCUCUCCUGCCCAAUCCCCAGAGGCCCCAGUGAGAGCUGAUGGGCAUGUUCAUAUCACUGGGAGAGGACCACAUGCCCAGCAAAGAUAUGCUCUAGAUAUCUCUCGAUACCUUUAUGGUUGUGGGGCCAAUUUUGGUCUCAGGGGUGUAGCUGAGCUGAUCUGUUUUAUGUUUUUUCCAUGUUAUUCCAUCCUCUGGGGAAGGCCAUCUCCCUGCUGAGGGUGCAGCAGCACUCCUGCCUCCAGGUGACCUUACAUGCUGGGCAUACUGUAGCCCCGAGAACGGUCCCAUUUCCCUGGAGGACCUUGACCACUGAGUUCAGUGGGAGCAUGAGCAGGACAUCAGCAGGAGCAGGUCCAGGUGGCCCAAGAUGUAUUUCCUUGGAGCUACGGUCAACUUGGGCAAUGGGGAUUUGGUGCUGGGCUGUUCCUGCCACCUGGGGGGUUCAAACCCCCCCCAUUCCUAUUAGCAGGAGCAAAGUGAGGCUUAAUGUUUUGUUUCUGUCUUCAUUUGGCAAACCGAGUUUUCCCCUUUUCACCGGAUCUACACAUCCAAGAUUCAUUAAGAAUGAGAAUCUCUUCCUCUGAGGCCACACUCAAGAGCUUGGGAUGGCUUCAGGUGUUUGAUGAGGAGUCUUGGUGCUACUUGUUGGUGGUUUUAGUCCUGUUGGGUCGAGAUGUGGAGCUAAUGAGUCCAAGUCGUCUUUGGUUCCCAUUCUGGCUUAGUUUUUAGUCUUUUGGUUAUUCCUUCUUUUGGUGAGGCCACAUUCAACCACCAGUUUCCAUCUUCUGAGUGCAAAGAACCAGGGCUUUAAUGAAACAUUUCACCAGCAAUUCAAGAGGGAAUUGGAACCAUUGUGGAGUUUGCAUUGUACGGCCUCUGUAAUUACGUACCUGUCUGCAGAUGAGAGGCUGAAUUUUGCUCCCAUCAAGUCAACACAGGUUUUUGUUGUUGUUGACUUCACUGGGAGCAGGAUUGAGCCAUUCUAUAUAUAUAAAUAUAUAUAUAAAUAUAUAUAUGAUAUAUAUAUAAUAUUAUAUGUGUAAUAUUAUAUAUAUAUCAGUGUAAUAUUUACAAAUAAAACUGUGAUCUCGUCUAGAGAAAAAUGUAUUCAUAUUACCAACUGCUCUUCCAUAUUUAUGUAUCAUAUUGUAUCUUUUUAUUAUAAUUAUUAUGAUUAUUAUGGUUAUUAUUAUUAUUAUUAUUUUUAUUAUUAUUAUUAUGGAAUCUUUCUUGGCACCUUUUGGAAGCCACGUCAACCAAUACUCCAAUGAAGUGCUGAGGAUCUAUUUUCACAAGAAUUCUACUGGUCUACUGUAUAAAAGAGAAAAGAAAAAAAAAAAAAAAAGAAACAAGCAAAAUACAGUUCAACCCUUAAUUCUGUACCUCACGCCUGUACGUUUGCUGCUCCAAUUUUGGGUUUUAUUUUGCGUUCGUUUGUUUUUAACGGAUCUAAUUUAAGUCUCCAAGCAAUAUAUAAAGAUGUAAAUAGUAAAGCUUA